UGCGUAGCGUCGCGUGUUUAGUGGGAUGCGCGAGCUGGUGCUGCAAGAGACGUGAGCGUAAAACCCUGCAAAGCUGUUUUUUCUGCUUUUUGGCUGUAAACCCAUAGUUUAUUAAGUGGCUACCCCGCAGAAAAGCACGCCAAAAUGGCAGACAAAGAAGUGUACGAUGAUGCUGUGGAGGAGAGAGUAAUAAAUGAGGAAUACAAGAUCUGGAAGAAAAACACACCAUUCCUGUAUGAUCUAGUCAUGACACAUGCGCUUGAGUGGCCAAGUUUGACGGUGCAGUGGCUUCCUGAUGUAAACAGGCCUGAGGGAAAGGAUUACGUGGUUCAUCGGCUGGUGUUGGGCACACACACUUCGGAUGAGCAGAACCACUUGGUUAUUGCAAGUGUUCAGAUCCCUAAUGACGAUGCUCAGUUUGACGCGUCCCACUACGACAGUGAGAAAGGAGCAGAGUUUGGAGGGUUUGGGUCUGUGAGCGGAAAGAUCGAGAUUGAAAUUAAGAUCAACCAUGAAGGAGAAGUGAACAGAGCCAGAUACAUGCCACAAAACCCCUGCAUCAUCGCCACCAAGACCCCCACUUCUGACGUCCUGGUGUUUGACUACACUAAACACCCAUCCAAGCCAGACCCCAGUGGAGAGUGUAGUCCAGACCUGAGACUGCGGGGGCAUCAGAAGGAGGGAUACGGUUUAUCCUGGAACUCCAACCUGAGUGGAAAUUUGCUUAGUGCAUCGGACGACCAUACGAUCUGUCUAUGGGACAUCAGUGCUGUUCCAAAGGAGGGAAAGAUAGUAGAUGCCAAGACCAUCUUCACAGGGCACACAGCUGUGGUGGAGGACGUGUCCUGGCACCUUCUACAUGAAUCGCUGUUCGGCUCUGUGGCUGAUGACCAGAAACUCAUGAUCUGGGACACUCGAUCCAAUAACACCUCAAAGCCUAGUCAUUCUGUGGACGCCCACACGGCUGAAGUCAACUGCCUGUCCUUCAACCCCUACAGCGAGUUCAUACUGGCCACUGGCUCAGCAGACAAGACUGUUGCAUUGUGGGAUCUGCGUAACCUGAAGCUGAAGCUUCACUCUUUUGAGUCACACAAGGAUGAAAUCUUCCAGGUCCAGUGGUCUCCCCAUAACGAGACCAUCCUGGCUUCCAGUGGCACAGACAGACGCCUCAAUGUUUGGGAUCUAAGUAAAAUCGGAGAAGAGCAGUCUGCGGAGGAUGCAGAGGACGGGCCACCUGAGCUGCUGUUCAUUCAUGGUGGGCACACAGCUAAGAUCUCUGAUUUCUCCUGGAACCCAAAUGAACCUUGGGUAAUCUGUUCUGUGUCAGAGGACAACAUUAUGCAAGUAUGGCAGAUGGCUGAGAACAUCUACAAUGAUGAAGAGCCAGACACCCCUGCGUCAGAGCUGGAAGGGCAGGCGUCGUAACUGAUCUCAUUAAAUAUCUACAACCCUUUCAUGAAUUCCUACUCCUCAGCUUUUGCUUUGCAGUAUUAUUCAGUAAAUUCCAUACUCUUACUUCCUUCUCCAUACAUACCAGAUACUUUAUCCAUCACAGCGUCCUUCUGUAGACACUUUUCUAAAAGGUUCACCCCUCAUUCAUUGCGGUAGAGAAGUUUGGCCUCAGAUGGUUUGGAGAAAGACUGCACCACUUGUUCAAUCACUUCUGAGAAGUUACGGCCUGGUGUGGCUUAUCACAGUUUUAGUUUUUGUGCAUAAAAAUGUCAAUUUGCAAUAAAUCUUUUGUAAUAACUUUUAAAAUGAUUUUGUAAUCCUAAAUUGUUGAUAACUCCCUGUACUUCACUUGUGAAAAUAAAGUACAGAUCAACUGUUAGAUAUUUUCUGUUUCUCUUAUAGCAUAUAUUAAAAUCAGUUUUAAAAGUUCAUUAAAUAGUACUUCAUAUUAGUAAUGCACUGAAAAUUAAAAUUGUAAACCAAAAAUUCAAGAUGCACUUGGCAGAAAACUGAAAAAAAAAAAAAAAAUGGUAUUAAAUAAUCCAAUUUAUUAAAUAAUCAACACUAAAAUAAAAACAUGUAGGCAGUUUUGUCAACUUUUUAAUAACAGAAUUGGUGCUACAAUUUAGUGUUGAAAUAUGGAGAUUUAAACGGUGCCUGUAACGGGAAAAACUUGACAUUUAUUUAAACAUACAUUAAAUAAUGAAGGAAUACAUGAUGUUAUGUGACAUUGUUUACAAGCUGUUUUAUUGACGUCUUUCCACGGGUCAAACACUCGUGGAGCGAUUACAUGAGACAUAAUACAUUUCAGUAAGUUGUUCGGUUUCUUUCAACAUACAUUCUGAUGUUCAUUCCUGUUUAUUUCUUGCUAUAACUAGUAGUAAGAGGACAAGAUAAAAGGUUGCACACUACAGUGUGCACACUACGGCUGAUACACUACAGUGAUCAGUGAUACCAGAUUAAAGAGUGGCAAAACUAGUCUUAUUGUUUGUAUUUCAUAAAAUUGAAAGCUGAGAAUUCGUUUCAUAUUGAAAGUAAAGCACAAAGCUUAUUGUGAUUAUGGAUGAAGGCACUACAAAAUAAUGUUAAGUUAACGCAUCAACAGAAAACUUCACAGACUAAAAGAUUUAUUGUGAGAUUUAAGAAUCCAUAUCAGUAUCAAUUAAAAACAAGAAAUCGACAUGUUGAGUGUUGAAUACAUGUUGAGUUUGCCUGAUUAUCCACGUUGUCUCUAAGAAAUAGAUGCAGUGAAAAUGAUCACAAUGAUUUUCAGCCCUCCAAAAAAUAUUCAGCUACAUCACUACAUUUUGUAUCUGGAGAUGUGAAGACAGUGAAACAACGUACAACACAGUAAGGAAAAUUCUACAAAAUGUUUUUAUUGAAAAGCAAGACAGAACUACAAGAGCAUUGUACAAUCUCAGAGGGGUCAUGGGCUAAGCUGGGGGAGAAAGAAAAGCUCUCUUGAGCAUCUUUCACAGUAUGUCUUACCUAAAGAGGUAGAUUUCUUGCAUAACCUGAGAAUCAAACCGGGGCAUUGCCAAAAAAAGCAGUAGCGAUACAAAUGACAGUACCAACAAAUUUAGAAUGAACAUGACCCCAAUUACAGAUGUAUUUAUCAAAAUGCGUGCACACAAACUAACUUCUGCAGACAUUUGACAGCGAGGUGAAACUGUUAUGAAGAAAUUCGAGGAAAUCAAGUGCUGAGAUGUUAUAAACAUCGUUAUUCAAAAUUUGGAAAGGAAAAAAAAUUAAAAAUGAUUUUUUUUUUUUUUAGGAAACAAAAAAAAAAAAAGCUGGUGAACAUCUACCUUUCCAUUCUGUUGAGUUUUACAGUUUGGCAAAUUUAAACACAUUCAGCCCAUGUUUCUAAUGAACAGCAAAACCUUGUCCUUCUGCACUUGUCAUUACAAAACAUGAUUAAUGUGAUUAGUUUUAGUAAAAGUAGAUGAUCAUGUUCAGUGCAUGUUAAAUGAAAACCUUGGAUGGGUUUUGUUGGACUCAGCAUUGAGGAAUGUACUGGCCAGCGUCAGAGGUUCAGAUCAGGACAUGAACAGAGCCAGAUGUUGUAAUGGACCUGAGGCGGCAAGCGUUUCUAGACCCUGUGUCCCUGCAGCGUGAUAAUGACCAGAUCUUAAGGGCUUUGAGGCCGUUUGUUUAGACAUGGAUUUGGCAGCUUCUACAUUCAUCAGUUUAGUUCUUGACAUAGUUUCACAUUAGCAGUAUUGAGAAUGUUUGCAGCUCUACAGAACAUUUUAGCAUUGAAUUACAGACAUUUUAUUCUUGUUCAUUACAAAGUCCAAAAAAAAAAAAGAAAGAGAAAUCACAUUCAGCUAUCCAGUAUCAAAUACGUCAAGGCCCCUUUGAAAAUAUUAGUCAGUUUUGUGUCCAGUUAAAGAGCAAAAAUAAUGCAACCUGUCCAUUUUAGACAGACAAAAAAGAAACUUAAUUUUUUUAAAGGAACAGUUCACCUCAAAAAUGAAAAUUGUCAUUUACUCACUUUCAUGUUGCUCCAAACCUGUAUGACACAAAAGAAUGCAUUUAAAAAUAUUUGUCCAUGCUAUGAAAGUCAAGGAGGUCCAAUGUUGUUUUGGACCCCAUUAGCUUUCAUACAGACAAAAACUAUU